CGCGUUCUAGCGAGGCUUUUCAAGGAGGAGUGCCGGACGGGGUUUCUUUAUCUCGUGGCGUUUCUGAUGAAGAAAAGCGGCGCUUUUUGAUUUCCGCAGCAAAGUGAGUCCGAUUCUGGGUCGUGUUCUCUCUCUCUCUGCUUCGUCGGUCGCGUGGUGUAAUUGCACCGAAGGACCUACCACACCACGUAGCGUUUCGCCGCGGUCUCAGCCCGGGGUGCAGUGGACUUUUUCUGCGUGUGUUUCACUCAGCUUUUUCCUGAAAUCAUUGCGGCAGAACGCGAGGAGCUUCUGCAGACUUUGGGCGCGGCUUCCCGCAGUCUAAUGCACUGUGUGUGAGGCGAAGAAAGCCGUCCCGACAUGGCCGUGGACCGGCCACAUGGUCGCUGGCGUAAAGCGUAGCAGGAUGUGGAACGGGUGUCCGUUAUGCGGCUAAGAAGAGAGGGCCAGAACUCGGGAUUUUGGGUUCUUGGCUCCGCACCAAGCCAGUUUCUUUCGCUUCAUCUACGGGCUGCAUGUUUUUUUCGUCCCCAGCUUCUUUUCCGGAACUUUUUCAUUCGAAAACGUCGACUUUUCUGCCACUCGCGAAUCUCGUCUCUCAUCAAACACGCUAUAGAACGGUGAAGUGCCGCCACUCUCGGUGAAAACGCGGUGGCGCGAGCCUUUUCGUGGGUCGUUUCCCCCCCUCUUUUUUCGUUUUCUUCGCCUGGUCUCGAGUAUUUCCAAAUCCCUGCCUUUUUCGCGCACCUCCCUUCGCGCUCCUCUCCGCUUUUCCACGUGCGCGCUGCACUCUCCGGCUCUCCUCCACCGUCCGCCUCUCCACCGGUGAACGCCGUAUUGCCAGCAAAUUUUUCGUCUCGCUGGCUUUCUCGCCUUUCAAGAAAGCACGCCUUUCUGCCUCGUGGCUUUGAUUUCCACUGGAACCGACAUGAAGAUGGCCUUUUUGUCACUACGUUUCCGUCGCUUUUAAGCCCAUUCCAUUUCCCCCCGGUUUUCACCUUCCACCGACAUCUGCUCCUCCGUUUCUGCUUCUGCUUUUGCAGGGACACAGUUGGACAGCCACAGUUUACACGUCAGAGAUCCUUGCGACAGCGGCACUAUGGUGCUCGCUCCUCACCCAUCGCCUCAGAAUCAACUUCUCCCUAUGCAGCCUGCGUUGCGGGUGGAGUGCACGACGUGGCACAGAGAUAGCCACGAUUUGUUUGACUACGAAACACGACAUGUGAAUGUGAAGCAGUUCGUGGUGACGCGUUCAGCGCGUCUCUUUCGCCUGGACGCAGACAUCAACUGCGUCCUCGAAUCAGCCCCCGUCCCUGGACCUCCCGCCCUCGCCCAGAGCGCCGCGGCCUCCAACAGCGCCACACCGGAGGCUCGAGACGGCGCCGCGCCCGGAGCCCAAGGCGCUUGUGGCGCGCAGAGCGGAGACCACAGAGACUCGGCGCCGGCGACUGGCGGAGCGUCUGCAGACCGCGACCAGAACGGAGGCCAAGAGGAACGAGGCUCUGGAGCCUCGGGAACGAGUGCAGGCGUCACUCAGGGAGAGUCUCAAAGUGCGAACGCAGCUUCCGCCGCGAAUGCUCAGACCGUCCCAGCAGCGGCGGGAGUAGUCGCAGCAGCGUCGAGCACGAGCUCGCCGCCUCUUCUGUCUACGGACUUCCUUCUUUCCAUCAAAUGCGUCAAAGACGGCAAGUUUGUUAUCGUUCCAGCAGAUCGGUCGCUGUGCGGCUCGGCAGCCACGACCUUGGUCCCGAAGAAACUGUGGUCCAUUGUCAGGGAGCAGAACAACAACAAGCACAUUCUGCAGGAAGGCGACGUUAUCAAGUUAGGGCGUUUCAAGCUCCGAGUCAAACAACUCGUGACAAAAAAGAAGUCCGAAGACAACGCCAUGGGUGAAGAAAGCGCAACAGGAGACGACGACAGCGCGCCGGAACUCCGUCUCGAAGAUGGCGAACCUCCCGUCUCACGUGCAGCCCCAGAGGAUAUGCAAUGCCGCAUUUGUCUGCUGGAGGGCAACCAAGAAGGAGACCCUCUGAUCUCCCCGUGUGAAUGUAAAGGCAGCAUCAAGUUCGUCCACGUUCAAUGUCUCCGCCACUGGAUCAACGGUAGACUCAACCUAAACGAGCAGCAGCAACGCAGUGCCUUCUUCUUCAAACAAAUCCACUGCGAACUCUGCAAAGUCCCCUACCCCACAGCUGUCAAAUACGAAAAAGAAGACGGCCAGACUACAGAACGCAUGCAAGUGGUGUCUGUGCCGAGGACGGAGCCGCCGUUCAUCAUCUUGGAGAACAUGGUGGGGGUCCAGCAGAAGGGCGUCCACGUCAUCAGCAUGGCCUCCAAGAAAGACUUGAAGCUGGGUCGUGGACAUGAGUCGGAUGUACGCAUUCCCGACGUCUCAAUUUCUCGCUAUCACGCGACCAUUCGCUUUGUCGAUGGUCACUUUCAGUUGGAGGACCACAACUCGAAGUUCGGCACUCUUGUGUGUCUACGCAAAGCUUUCCCCGUCGGCGAUGUUGAUGUCGCUCUCCAAGUUGGCCGCAGCGUCGUGAAGUUCUCGCUGGACGAGGCGCCGGUGACCGCGCCGGCGAUCGCGGAUGUCUCGAACGAAAUCCAGCGCCAACAGUCCCCAAUUCCUGAGCCUUCAUCUUUCCCUGCGGAGCAGUCUUCGUCUUCGGCGCCUGUGUCCGGCAGCGGAUCUUCGGGACCUUCUUCAUCUCAGGUCGCAGGCGCGCAUGCGUCUCUCUCUUCUCGCUUGCCUCCCCACCACGUCUUGGCGUCUCUUCUCUCGGCGGACAUUCGUCAGCACCAGGCCUCUCUCUCGUCUCACCCCCGCGGCGCAAAUUUCUCGUCCUUCAGCGACUUCCAGCUGCCGCCACACCUCGCCUCUGCGCCGCCGGGAGUCGCCGCCGCGGCUGCGGCUCUGGCCGCCGCAACCGCGGUCGCGAACCGAGGCGCGCCGGUUUCGAGCCGGGCCUCGAUGGGUCCCGCACCUUCGACCGCGUUGGGCUCCACCGCCCCUGUCGGGAAUGCCGCCGCCGCGGAUGCGGCGGUCGCAGCGGCGGCUGCCGCGGCUGCUGCGGCGCGCUUCGAAGAGGCGAUGGCGGCUGCGGCGGCGGCGGCCGCUGCGGCGAAUCAAGUGGCGGGGACUCGCGGGGGGCCUUCGAACGCUGGGAGUCCCCACGGGUCUCAGGGAGUCGAAGGGGGUCUCGAGGGGCUUCAGACGAGCCUCGCGAGCGAGGGAGUAGCGACGACCGCGGGAGGCUCGGGGCGCGUCGGCAACGCCUCGUAUGGCGACGGCUCAGUCCCGCCGUUCCUCGGAUUGCCGCAUGCACGGAGCGCGAACUCAAGCUCCGGGUCAGUCGCGAGUCCUUCUGGGAGCUCGAACGCCUUCGCACAUGCAAGCGCGAGUGCUCAGCAGUUGUUUGCGUUGCACCAGCAGCUGCAGCAGCUCCAGCAGGCGCAGCAGCUGCAACAGGCGCAGCAGGCGCAGCAGGCGCAGAUGUCCUCUUCGAGCCCUGCCGCGUCGGCGCUCUGCUCGCGCUCCCUCCCCGGGACAGUCUCUUCUUCUCAGCAGGUGCCUCUGCACUUGGCACUGGCAGCCGUGCUUCAGCAGCAGCAGGAAGCAGCGGCUGCGGCGACGCGCGUGUAUGAAGGUCUCGGGGCUCCUGCGUCUGGCGGCGCUUACGGCCAUGCGACUCCGGCGCCUCUUUCGCAGAGCCAGCUGGCCGGAACUGUGAGCGCGCCCAACAGCAGUCCCCGAACCGCGCAGCCGCGGGCCACCAGCCCCCAUGGCUUUGUGCGGCAGGGGUCCUUCUUCAGCGGUUCCUCGAACCACACACCCAGAAGCGGCCCCGGAGGCGCCAGUGGAACCCACUCGUACCCCCCGAUGGUUCUCUCCUCUGCGAGUCCAAGCGCCGUCAACGGCUUCCACGUGUCUCCCAGAGGCACCACGCAUGCAAAUCUCGGGGCCGCGCAUGGGGCAGGAACGCCCCCGCACGCGCAUGCAUUCGCGAGCUCCCAGAGCGGCGUGACGCCGGCGGCGGUUCAGGGCGGCGGACCUGCCGGGAGCUCUGGAGUCGGGCCGGGCAGUGGACCUCUCUGCAUGCAGCAAGGCCUCAGCUACCCCGAGGAAGUCGGCAGCGCCCACGCCGGGGGUCCGAACGCCCGCGUCUCUUCAGACGGAAGUGCCACCAGUGGAGGCGUCUGGCUUGGCGGCAACUGCAGAACGAGUCUGUAACAAGAGCAAGGCGAAAAAGAGAGGAAAAAAGCAAGGCGAAGAAGAGAGGAAAAAAGCAGGGGGAAGAAAGAGGGGAGGACACGGUGGAGAGGAAGAGAGAAGGAGAGCGAGGUGCUUGGAAUUGGGAGGAGCGCGAGGGGUGAGAGUGUUUGGGGUAUUGAAAAGGGUGACUUGAAAACUCGACAGAAAGAAGCGCCGAAAGCGACGGAGUCGCGGAGGAGAACAGCAAGGGCAGAAGAAGGCCGCUCUCGAAGGCCGUACAGCAACGGAGUGUGCAUGGAGAGAAGAAGAAAGAGUCUCCGGCUGAGAGCGUACGAAGGGGUCGUGGAGAAAGGGGGAUGCCGCGCCGGCUCUGCAAGUCGCGCGUGUGGCUCGUCGCGACCGGCACAGAGGGGUGCGAGAGAGACUUUGUUUUCUCAUGUAAGGGAAAUGCAGCAAGAUUAGCUUCGGUGCAUUCCGCGCGUUUCGACUGGAAGACGGGUGCGAGUUGAACAGGUCAAAGGACGUUUGUUUCCUGCUCGCUGUCAGACGGUCGGAAACGUGUGGGGAGUAGCAUACACUCUGUACCUCUUUUCUCUAGUUGUGUGCUCUCGCGAGUGUACAUGCACCUCUGUCUGUCACUGUGAACGUCGUACGCGGCGCUGGCCGAAGGGUCUGGCGUCGGGGCGUUGCUCGUCACUCUGGAGCCGCAGACAAACCCCCUCUUCGUGUAGAGUGCAACGAGGUUCUGCCGCGCGAGGCCCACGGGUGGAGUGUACAGCUGCGGUUCAGAGACGAAGGCCAUGUCCGUAUUCUAUCUCCUAUGGAAUCUCUCGUGUGUGAUGUCCUCGGCCUCGGGCACCACACCGGGACUUCUUUGGGCGGAGAUCUUUUCUUAAACUCGUACUUCAGCACAGCGUCGCUGCUAGCACAGAAACCGCACGCUGCUUCCGUCUCGGUGCACAGUCAGACGGAGUCCCUCACUGCAUGCAGCGGAGUGUUUAUGCGAGAAAAGAACGACCCAAUGCAAGAAGCCGACAAGAACGCCCUUUUGAGUAAAGAAAUCUGUGAAAUCACCCAAGAGAAGACACGUAUUUUUACGCAUCACACGGAGGCCGAACGCUUAUAGCAAGGAAAAAGGUAGAAUGUGCAUUGGAUAAACAGUGGGCGUCGAUUCUCUUCUGAGGGGCUGGCACACACAUGGGGGUAUUUCUUCUGUUCGGUUUCCUCGGGGAAGCCGUUUUCUGCAGCUUGGACAAUUCACGGACAAAGGGGAGCGGCUGCGAACGUCGGAAACGAACUAGUUUUAACACAGACUUAACAAGGAAGUUUAUAAUUGAGGAAAUGUCGCUUUGCGCUUAGCG